GUAAAGGGUGUAACGUUAUUCGUGUUUGAAAAAGUGAAAUUGGAUAUGCUUUCAAUUGAAACAAAUAUCGUGAUGUAUUUAAUGCAAUUACUAAAUAACAUGACGUCAACUUCUUUCCAUAUCAAGAUUGGCGGUUUAAGUUUCGGUGUAUAUGUUCAAGAGGGGUCACUUGGGGAUUUAUUUGCUCAGGUCGGGUGCAAGAUGAAGCACAACAAACGCAUACUAUCAUUUUUGUGGUCGAUAUAAAUAUUUCACUGAGUGUGACAAUAUAACUGCACAUAGACAUUCUAUCGAUUUUCAAAAGUUCUUCGAUCUUCGUUCAUUAUGGUGAUUUUUCUUAAUUUGAACCAUAUUCAAUUCCCCACCAUUAGCAUACAGUUGCAACUAUCAAGGUCUUCACGAAAUUGCAGCAAUAUUAUCAUAUUACAUACAGUGUAUGUAGCAACAUCGUUCGAUAACCCCUCAAUCAUUAUCUCUCAAUUUGUGGCCUCCAGUUGACCGUCAACCCCCAUUCACAGUCCCUCAUACUUGUCUGGGGGCUUCUGCAUCUGGAAUUCGGCCCAGAGUGUGCGAGGCUAAAUAGCGGUCGGACUCAGGUUACAAUAAACACUGCUGCCGCGGGUCGGACCGGGGAACAUCUGGCGGGGAGGCCGGGGACUUUCUCCGUACACGCACAAUUUCCCUUCCCGCAGUAAAACCUCAAGAUCCCCGUCAGACUUUCCACAGACAUCUCUAGAUGAAGCAAAUCUGUUUCGUCAGGGAUAGAAGCCAUUUGGGCGUGCCCGGGUUUACGACUAGAUGCACCUGUCGCCACCGUCACACCCCUCCUGUUUUGCGGCAGUCCCGCGGAACACAUCCCCAUUGUUAACUCUGUGCACAGGUGGUGCCCUGGUUGCUAAUAGUCUCCCUUGGUAAACUGACAGGUUGGCUUUUUAUCAUAAAUGGAUGACUGCACCCCGAGUAAGUGGCGGGAUUUCCUGUCAGAAGGCAGGACGCGAACACAAGGGGCGGCGGUGGCUGUAAUCCUAUCCGUCCCACCUGGUCUCGGCCCUGCCCAGGUACCCCAACCAUCCGGCUCCGCUAGCCCUGCCACUGUUGUGAGAUGGAAGUUGGAAUUUCUGACAUGGCAACUGACCCAAGCUGUCGGUUCUGUGCCAGCCGGCGGCAGCUUUUGUAGAUAGCCAUCUGGGUACGAUUAGUAAUUUAAAUAUAAAUUCUUGAACAUUCACAUCUGGAGUUGGGAGGUCCUCGCCAGCGAAGGCUCACUGACGACCAGCCCUCAUUGCACAUUGCGGGCGGGAUGGCAAGCCCGAGCUACACCUGUGAGCAGCCUGACGAGCCCGACAGGAAUUUAUCUCGGGUGGGGGCGGCUCCUGUGCCCGAACGAGAUGCCAGGCCACCUCGGAGAAACAAGAGAAAGGCUCGGGAACCUCGAAAAUUGACCAAGCGACCGAAGGAAUCCGACUCGGAGGAAGAUGCCCGUCUGCAAGUCGCGCCUGUCGACAACGCCAUGCUUGGAGGCGAGCACGCAACAGCUGACAGAACAGAUCAACACUUCACACUGGUGUCUCGACUGGAGGGGCCUACCGAGAGGUUCUCCUUCUCCUCGGCGGACGUUUAUCCUCCCUCUCCCGUGCCCUGGUCUGUGUCGACUUCCCCCUCGUCCAGACAGAGAGGCAGGCCCUACAAAACUCUCACCAGGGACAAGAGAAUCGUAGCGAACGCCAGAGAGCGCAGCCGGGUGCAUACCAUCAGUGCGGCGUUCGAGAGUCUACGGCGAGCGGUCCCUUCUUACUCGUACAACCAGAAACUCUCCAAGCUAGCUAUCUUACGUGUGGCCUGUAGUUAUAUCACGGCCCUGGCCUGUCUGAACGGGCAGGACUACAGCAGACACAGGGCCAGUCUGGAGUUCGCCCAGUGUGUGGACCAGUGCACCAGGACACUGCAGAUGGAGGGCCGAUCACGAUCCAGGAGAAAAGAAUAGGACCGCAAGAGGAAGUGACGAGUGCCAUUUGUUUGUGUGGCAUAGUGGAAGAAUGUGCUUGCACUGAAGAAGAACGACAGGUCGAAGUCAUCAUUCCGCCGUCUGACAAGUCCACACAAUCCACGUGCGGUAACGGAUAAAACCGCAAGGCGGCGUCAUUGUGCGGUCAGCUACAGGUAAAAACCACCUGCCACCCGAGGUGACGCUAUGAAACGGAACAGUAAGGACAACUUGCCGGAUGAACGUGAAGAUAAAAACAAGGAAAGAAUUCUUGAUCAUACUUCUGUCAUACGGGCCGGGGAGAUUUCUGUACCUGCCUUGUGUCGUCGCUAUACGGACAGCUACAUGAAAACGUGUAGAACUUCACAUUAUUGCGACCAACUGGGAACUGGGAAACACACGUCGCUCAUUGUGUACAAAUUGAUUGUUGUAGCCAUGCCGCAUGCGGUCACGCCGAAAAAAGGCAUUUGCCCACACAUUGGGGGAUAACCUGACAUUUCGGUAAACUGGAAAGCUCUGUUGUAGCUUUAUGAUUUAUGUAGCAGUACUUGUAUAUGUACAGAAGAAAGACAGUUAAUUAACUAGUUGCACACAGUCUAUAACCGCUAGAUGGCGUUACUGAACAGUCAGCUGCAAGUAUGCACCUGUCGUGCAACCCGUACUUUCAGAAGGGACGUUUCCAGUAAAAUGUCCAUGUGAAAUAGCUUUACAUCGAGAAUAUAUACGUCGACAGACGGAAAAUACAAUGUAUAGGGCCCAAUAUUUACUAAGUAUUCUAUUUUACCACAGAUAGUGGUAAAUAAAUUAUUGUGUGAAAGUUA